AUGCAAGAGGUCCGCUAUGCUGGAGCGGGCACGCGUGAAAACCCUUAUAUCGUCGAUUGGGACCGUAACGAUCCAGAAAAUCCCUAUAACUGGCCGAAACGGCGAAAGUGGCUCAUAACGUCGCAGCUAGCCAUUUCGACCUGGACGGUGUCAUUCGGUAGUAGUGCUUACAGCGGGGGCCUGAGGUUUACAGAGAGCAUGUUCCACGUAUCCGAAGAGGUUGCUGUCCUCGGUAUAUCUUUGUACGUCCUCGGGUUUGGGCUAGGACCGCUCGUUUUCGCGCCAUUGGGCGAGAUGUAUGGAAGGCGACGCAUAUUCCUGAUAACGAUGUCUGUAUAUACCUUGAUGCACUUGGGCGGCGCUCUGGGGCACAAUAUCGCGACUCUGUUGUCUACCAGAUUUCUUGCAGGCGUGUUUGGUUCCUCCCCGCUGACCAACGCCGGAGGAGCCAUCUCGGAUAUAUGGAACCCUAGAGAGCGCGGCGUCGCUACCUCGCUAUAUGCCACCGCGCCGUGGCUGGGACCGGUCAUUGGGCCGAUUGUGGGUGGAUUUGUGUCGCAGACCCCGUCCCUGGGAUGGCGGUUCAGCUUCUGGAUUAUGAUGAUUGUCUCAGGAGUCACUCUGAUCUAUGGGUUCUUGGUGACCCCGGAAACCUACGCACCAGUACUGUUGCGGAGGCGCGCUCGGAUGCUCGAGAAGGGAUCCGGUGGUCUUAUUCAUUACGUGUCCAAGUACGAAAUCCACCAUUCGGCGUCGCUCUUCGAGAAGCUGCAGAUCAAUCUGAGCAGACCAUUCUUGUUCCUGUUCACGGAGCCCAUAGUGACGCUUCUGUCAAUAUACGUCUGUAUCGCUUAUUCCACUUUGUAUGCGUUCUUUGCGGCCUUCCCCAUCGUUUUCCAACAACACAGACAUUUUACCCCCGGCAAUGGCGGACUUGCCUUCCUCGGCGUCGGUGUCGGUACCAUAAUUGGGACGUGCAUGACACCCAUACAGAACAGAAUGUACUGGCGCGCGAUGGAUAGAAGCCCAACUGGUAGGGCACCCCCUGAAGCACGUCUGUACUUGAUGAUGGGAGUGGCGGGCCUUCUGCCUGUAGGCCUGUUCUGGUUUGCAUGGACAAGUCAGCCUUCGGUUCACUGGAUGCUACCCGUCGCUGCGGGUGUGCCAUUCGGUACGGGUUGUGCGCAAGUCAUGCAGGGCAUAACGGCGUACCUCAUGGACGCCUAUCAUAUCUACUUUGCCAGCGCAAUCGCUGCGACGGUCGUACUUCGCUCCAUGGGCGCCUUUGCCUUCCCUCUAUUCUGCCCGCUCAUGUAUAAGAAGCUGGGUGAUCAGUGGGCGUGUAGUGUGUUCGGAUUCCUGGCGCUUCUUUGCACGCCUAUGCCAUAUUUGUUUUAUGUGAGUAACUUAACUGUUGAGCUUUGA